AUGGCCUCACAUCCGGUCGACAAACUCGCACCCAGGUUGGUCGAAAAAACCGAUAAACUACAGUCUCGGCUUACUACGAACGAUUCUCACUCCAAGCCUGCUGGAGGAUUCGAUGCGACCCCAAUCCCUCAUGCGCCCCCGGGAUAUACCGUCAGGUUUAUCUUCCACCGUGGUGAUGACCUCCCCGUCGCGGAUUUUGGCAGCUUCUCCUCCGACCCGUACGUUUAUGCGCAACUGAACGUGGAUUUACCGCGACGUCAUAAGCAGGACUCGAUAAUGAGCUUCCGGACUCCGACUGUGCGCAAGAAUACGAAUCCCGUAUGGAAUAGUGAAUGGGUCGUCGCAAAUGUGCCUGCAUCGGGCUUUUCGCUCAAGGCCUACCUGAUGGACGAGGAUCCGGCGGACCAUGAUGAUAAACUGGGAAUCGCAUUUAUUGAGGUGCCUGCGCUGGAAGGCUGGAAAGGCUUCAAGGAACAGUCAUUCAAGGUCAAAAAGCGCUUCGGCAGCAAGCGCGUCUAUGUCUUUACCAAUGUCUCAGCGUUUGCAACUGGUCAACACAAGGAGUCUUUCUUGAUCCUGAGCAUUGAGUGUCUGGGCCGAACACCGGGGACCGAUGGUGGCCAAAUGUAUACCCUCGGCCCGAAUUACUGGUUCAAGCACUUCUCCCCACUCAUUGGAAGACUGACGGGAACGAAGGAUCAAGACAAAGCUCUUGAUGGGAACGGGAAGCCCAUCAAUCGAUACAACUUCCAAGCCAUUCAAAUGCAACUUCGUGGUCCUGUCCCCGCUGAAUUGUAUCAUCGUUAUGUUGAAUUCCGGCCAUUUGUAGCAGGCAUGUUCCAAGCGCAAAGUUUACGGGGCCGGAUCCUGCAUAAGGCUCUUCACCAUCAGCAUCAGCGCAUCUAUAAUUUCGACCGCAGCACUCUGAACGGAACGUUUGCCGAACCGUGUCGCGAGUUUGCGCAGAAGUUCUUGGAAUUCACCAGCUGGGGUCAGAGCGGGCGGAUCUUCACCUACGUGAUUACCCUGGAUGGCAAAUUCCGAUUCACGGAGACGGGCAAAGAAUUUGGAAUCGAUCUACUAAGCAAGCAUACGAUGCAUAGUGAUGUAUCGAUAUACAUUGCUUACUCGGGGGAAUUCUUUGUGCGCCGGAUCGUUCGUCGUCAUCGACGCCAAGGCUCAUCGUCUCGCACAGAGGUUCCCGGCGAUGACUUUCCAGUGGAAGAAGAUGAGAUGCCGCAGGAGUUACGGCAGAGUUCAACAGACCCAUCGGACUAUGAACUCUUCAUUGAUAAUGACAGUGGAACCUAUCGCCCUAAUUCCGAGAAGUUGCCCCUUCUGAAGGAGUUCAUCGCGUCCAACUUUCCGGGUCUGAAUGUUAGCACUCUUGACUGCCAGGCGGACGCUGAGCGGAUGGGUCAGAUGAAGAACGAGCAACGUGAAGUCAAAAAAUCUCAGGGUCAACUUGUCACAUAUCUCCAGCAGAGCAGUGCCUCGGACCUUUCCAUCUCUAGCUCAGAUGAGGAUGAGCUGAAUGAACGCAGCGGCGCUUCUCGACGAGGGGGCAUGUCUCGAAAGGUGCAUGAGAUGCGUGAUGUAAAAGGUCAAAUGAUGAAGUGGGUUGAAGCGGAUGGACACGCUGAUCCUCCCAAGCAUCGUUCCUCCAACCGUGAGCGGGCUGCCUCGGCUGGUGAGAUGCGCUCCACCAUCAACCCAUCCAGCACCAAUGCGGUUGCCUAA